UUAUUUUUGUAUUCAUCUUUUGGAGGUGAAUUUUAGAAUCAUAAAAGGAUAAAACGUUAAUGUUUGAAUGAUUCAUGGGGUUAAGUGUCAAACCUGCCUCGGGCGGUACAUUGCUGUUAUGACUGGUUGUUAAGGUCUCUGCGACGACGAUGUGUAUUCCUUCGAUAUUGAACAAUUUGUCCAUCAAAGAGGAAGGAAGUAUUAGCCACAACCAUCAUUCCGUUAUACACCUGUUCGGAGCUCAUUUCGCUGAUCGCUAACGAUGACAGGAGACAAAUGUUUGAGCAGAUGUCUUGUAUGCCUGUGACAGAGGACUUCUAUUUCUAAGGGUACAUGUAUAUUAGAGAAGACUGAUCCAGAAAGGCACUUGAUCACCCAGGCGUGUAAUUUCCUUGGAUUUUGUCCUGAAUUAUGGAUUUUCUUCAAUAAAUCUCCUUGAGUCUUCAUUUCUUUAAAGCCGUGAAACAGACAUUUGGGGGAGAGAGAAGUUGUCAACAUUGUAUCAUAGUUUUGUGUUUAUGGUGAUGAAAAGAAUCUGAACCUCCUGAAUUGUAACAUCUGGGAGGAAAUUCAUUUAUACGAGCCAUUUUUAGGAAUUUUUUUAUUUCUCAAAUCCCAUCCACGAUCAGUGAAUAUGAGAGGAAGAUAUUGAUACAACGUCAACAGCAUCUCUCAGAUAUUUGCACCCGCUGCUUGUGGCUAACUCAGAAAUCCAUCGAGCAGUUCAUCAUGGCAGUGUGUUUGCCUUUUGCUGUAGAGUUUGUAGACAUGGAAUAUCAAGCGCUCCAAGAAACGUGAUCUCACAUGAUCUAGUACUCUGUGGCAUAGACAGUGUCAACAAUGGUUGCGAUUGCUUCAUUUGCAGACGCCGCUGUUUUUCUGUAUUUUACACGGUCAUUAGUAUCCAUAGAAGGUGUCACAGCUGGACCUGCAUCGACAAUAAAAAUGUCAAGACCUUGAUCUUUAUUGUUUGAAGACCAAUUCAUUCGUUUAUUUUCAGUGAUCAACGAAAAAUUGGAAUUAAUUAUGUUCAUAGUACAGAGACGUGUUUUUUCAUCAAUCUGUUUGGAGUGAUUCGAUGUACUCGGCACUGAUGAUGAUGAUCGGACUGCAAUAAAUGUAAAAGAUGAACUCUCAAGCAUCAGGAAGUAUGGGUAGGCUGCGGGUACCAACCAUCUCUCUGGCCACACCCGCUCUGCUGGAACCGCCCAACUUUUCCAGCACUGGACGGUUAUCAGCCACCCUCAACACCCUCCCGAGCCAAAUAUCAACAACUCGUCCUAAAUCUAACCAAUCUUUUCAAACUUUGACGCAAACUUUUACUCAGACUUUGACUCUAGCAAGAGUGUCUCAAACAAAGCAGGAGGUCAGAAACUUAAGCAAGUUUUUCUCGGAGCAUUCUGUUAUUCCGGCUGCUUCUAGACGGACUCUCUUAAAAGAAAGCACGCAGGAAGAUUGGGUGCCAUUUUGUGUAACGAUACUUUUUGUGGAUGGGAUACCACAAGCAAAAGAACAUUCCUGGAGCUUUGAAGAUGAGGAAGAGGAAGGUGUGAAGAUUGAAUAUGAGAUCAGACUGCACCUUUUUGACUUGACGUACACCAUGUUCUUUGGGCGUUCGUGGGUCGGGCCUCGGCGUACAAUCAAGAAAGGCGCAGCUCAGAACACAAGGCUACAGUGCAAUGUGCCAGUGUAUUUUCACACCUCGUUAGCCGACCCCAACAUCGUCAUAGUAAUUGAAAUAGUACGGGUCACUGUACCAAAGCUCGGCAAAGCUCAACACAUGUCAAGUGGAUGGGGAAUCUUAAGAAUUUUCCAACAAGGCGAUUUCACCGAUACAUCUCAUAGUACGCCGGCACCUGUCAAGAGAGUAGAUUUAUUUCAUGGAUCUCCAAGAGCUCUCUUCUUCCUUGGAGAUGACAUUGAAGGAAAUAAAAAGCUGACGAUCAUAUCUGAGUGUCAGUUUUGCUACACGAUACGCACCCAUCGUUAUAUGGAUAAAAUCAUGCAUCUACUACCUGAGAACGUACUGGUGGGUGGCAAUGAACUGAUACCCGGUGUGACUGUGGUGGAUCCAAAAGAUGGUGGGGACAGUUUACGUCGACCUAAACCCAUGAAGCAGGUGCAAGCCGUUAUCGAUAAGCUCUCCCUCAUCCUCUACCCAAAUAUUGAUCAGUUUGAAGAAGAUCUAUGCAAGCAUUUAAACUCAGACCGACUAUCCAUGGAGCACGUCCAGACUGAGAAGUCAAGUGUCGUCGUCUCAGAGCGAAGACUUCAGAUUGGUGUCCACAAUGGCUGGGGGUACAUCAGUAAACCACAGAUCCUUCUCUUAGAUACCUCUGACUCGUCCAUGGCUAGAGGAGGCAUCAGAGGCAGUAUGAAGAAGACAAAGUCAAGACAAGGCUCGGCAGAAUCUAGGGAGAAUCUUGGAUCUGCUUUACUUGUCAAGAAUAAGAUUACUUUACCUUAUCUUGUUGAUAGUCCAUCGUUCGCAAUUGUGUUCUUUCUUGAGUACAUCGUAUCCAUGCCAACAUCUACGCAAGACAAAAAGCUUUCUGUGAGCAUGAACAGAGCACAAACCCAAACAGUUGCUCUACGCUGGGGGGCAUGGACACCAUCCUUUAAAGAGAGUACCAGUGAAGUCUCGAUCCAGCUGCAAGGGGGCGCUCUACCAAACCCUGAUAAUAUGUUAGUCUAUAAGAACCUCAGCGCUGAGUUGAGCGAUAAGGAGAUGGCUAAACUCGCUGCCGGAAAACUACAGUUUGUCUUCAAAUCCAAGAGACCAGGGGGAUCGAGGCCCAUAUCCCCAAUGUCAACCGAGCCAUCUCUACUGACUGACUCUGAGAAAGGUAGAUUUCCAUCCGCUGCGUCUCUCCCGUCAGUAACUACGGCUACAGACCAGGCAUCGAUAGCGGGUGACAUCAUGGGUAUGGUGUCUGGAAGACCUCCAAUGCCAAGAAGUCCCAGAGUGCCUUCAAGGGGUCAAUCAUCACCAAUCGGUCAUGCUCCGAUCCAACCAAUGAACUUGCAACCGUCUAUGGCAUAUCCGCAACACGGCAGCCAACCAAUAACGAACCAGUACGGUCACAUGACAGCUUCUCAACCACCCGGCUCCCUCCAUCCCACCGGCCAGUAUACCAGUGACCAGUACCAGGGGAGAGGCCAGACUGGAACCCAGUCCUUGUACCCAAUGGAGAUCAAACACAUGGAGGUUGGUACAGUCAGUAAUGGAGAUCAGCUGGAAGAGCUUCCCUAUACACCUGUACAUGCACCCAUUAUGCCGGUAGGCCCAUACCACACAAGUGGUCCAGGACUAAGCAGAGCCUCUUACGCUCAUCUCUACCAGGCAGGGUUCGUCAACAUCCUGGACAGACAAGGAGAGGUUCCGGAGGUCGUUGACCCCUCGGAUCAUGUGAUCUUAAACCCAGAGCGUGAGAACAAGGAUCUUCUACAGUGCAAUGAGAUCGUUGUAAGAUUCCUGGCUGUUUCGAGAAUGCUUCAGUUUCAGCAGUCCGUUCCUUCUGAUUCACCACGCACCGUGUUCUUCACCUUCCAGUUCUAUAGAUACCCACCGGUCACAACAGAAAGGUUAUUACUUGGGAAUGUGGAGGGUAACUUGACGGCAGAUUCCCACAGCUUGCCGUGUGUUCUUAAGAAGAUGAAAAACGAUGGGAAGAAAAAUGAUGAACCACCUGGCUGGACGGUGCGUUACACUGUGGAUCCUUCCUUCUUAAAACCCGGUGAGGGACGGCUAUUUGUGAAGUAUUUAUAUCAACAGACUCUCCAUGUUGAUGUAUGGGACGGAGACUCAUUGCUUCUGCUUGGUUCAUGCGCCGUGGAACUCAAGCAUCUUUUACGAUGUGGACGUGAAGCGGUGCAAAUCACCCAUGAACUGGACGUCAUUACUACUGAGUAUGGUGAAGAUGCAAAUGCCAUGACUGGAGACUUGAUGAGAAGUGGUAGCGUCCGCCCCGUUGGCGUCAAAGCCAUUCUGAAGGGUCGACUCCAUCUUCAGUUGGCCAAUGUUGGGCACCGUGUAGACGUGAACGUGAUGAAGGCAGGUACGAUGCCGGUUAAGGCCGCUAAGGUGGUGGUUCAGGAGGACGGAAGUGGAGCUUUUCUUGGCGGGAGCGUCAAUCUUGGGACUCGACCAAGCGGACUUGGGUUAGCCAACCUGAGGCAGAAACGUAGCUACAUGGCAUCACACAUGGUGGAGACCGACAAAGAGCUGGCGUCAUCCCUCCUCAUGACGCGGAAGGGGCAAAUUGAUCAAACUGGUCAGGCCACCGGGCGGGAGGCUGACUCCAAGAAACAGAGGAAGCUCGCUCGGAUGCAGGCAAUCAGACAAGCUCAGAAUAACGACACAAACAAAGGCCCACUCAGCCAAAGUUUACUGUUGAAGAAAGAGGAGAAAGUGCAACGGACUAGAGAUCUAAAGACGAUUGAAAUUCAUCGUGACAGGAUGAAAAAAGAUGGCAUCCUCUCGAUGUUACAGUCGGCAAUCACCACAGAACACAUCGUCCAUCCAACCUUCGGACAAGCGGAAUUCUUUGAGUUCGUCUUGAGGAAUCCGUACAAUGUCCAGCAUACCAUCUCAAUACAGUGGGACGAACCUGAGCUGAGUGUAAUUACGGACCCCAGGGAGUGGAGACAUUUCAAGCAGCUCUUUGAGACGUAUACAGCCAUCGAGGAGAACAUGUUUAAUCAAGAUAAGAAGACGGACGGAGAUGUGCCAGGUCUACAACUAUUCCUCAGACCCAAGGAGACAGUCAAUGUUCCUUUUAAGUAUCAGAGCUUCAAGGCUAAUCACGCUGUUCAACCACAGGGUCCUCAAGUCACUUCCAAACCUCACUUCAAGAUUCAGUUACCUGAAGAGCACAAGGAAGUCGAUCUCGCCUUGGAUUCUAGAAACGUUAGGGUAUACUUCAAGACGCAGGAUAACAAACCUAUAGCCAUCUUGUCUCUUAAUGUCGAGCCUCAACCUCACGUUAUUGAUCAGACGUUUCGAUUUAAUCAUCCAGAACAAUCGUUCCUCAAGAAGUCCAUCCGUCUACCUCCAUUUCAUUCCACCCAAGGCCUACAUCAAGGAGGUGGUGCUGUGGGGCAGCUUUUUGUCAAAUGCAGCGACGAAAAUGCAAUCUGUGAAACAAAGAGAGUGCCUCCUGGUGAGCCUCAGGAUGUGUACGUCAAGGUAGCGUGUGGUCUGUCGCCCUCUAUCAAGAAGCUGUUCAUCCUAAUCUACUCAACACCCUUUCUUUCUAGACCUCUCCAGACGUGGCAGUUUUACAUCCACGCUUUGCAGAGAGUAGACGUGAGUUGCGUCCAGGGACAGACAAGUCGCCAGUCCCUCAUCCUCAGAGGAACGCACGCCUCUAGACUUGUUCAAAGCUUCUCCUCACAUCCAAACGAAAUGCAGUUGCUUCCUUCGGAGCCUUUCAUGCUACUAGCCAACUCUGUCCACGAGAUCCACGUAGGAGUGCGCCCUCUAUCAGUUGGCAACAAGUUCAUGUACAUCAAUGUUGUCGACAAUGAGUACCACCAGCUGAUACGGUCUUGGCUGGUAUGCGUGCAGUGUCGUCAGCCUGUGAUAUCCAAAGCCUUUGAGCUGCAGUUACCGGUGGGCGGAGGCAAAGGUUCAAAUAAGCGUAUAACAUACACCAAUCCGUACCCUCAUCAUAAAGUGUUUAACAUCAGAUGUAAUCGGGACGAUUUGCUGCAGUUUAAGGAGACACGGGUUCAGAUUGAUGGCGGUGAGACAUACGGUCUUGGUUUAAGAUUCUCUCCGUGUCAACAAGCAGGCAGCGCCGAGAUACUCAUCUUCAUCAACGAUGAACAAGACAACAAUGAAGAAACGUUCUUAGUCAGAGCAAUAUACUCCUAACCCUCCUACUGUGUGACCAUUCAAUGUCAUCCAUUUUGAAUGAUAGAUAAACUCAGUACAAGGCAACAACAAGGAAACGUUUUUAGUAAAUACAGUACAUAGUCAAGCCUCCUACUGCCUCACCAGUUUCAUAUCUUCCAGUGUGGUUUUGGUGAUAGGGUAACUGUGCCAGCCUACCAUGAAACAGUACCUGAAAAAGGGUUAACGUGUCGGAGAGUUUUUUAUGUGUUCAGAAAUCUUUAAGUGCACUUAACAGUUUUUGGUACCAAAGAUUUUGUACCUCUCACAAAUAUUGUACUUUUUGUUUUAUGUCUUUCCUUUGGGGCUGUGAGGGGGUUGGGGGCAGUGUGUGUCUAUAGUAAUAUUUAUUUGUAUGGAUUUUAAGAAUUUGAAACAAAGAAUACAGUACUAUAAAACAUGCACUCCAAAGAUGCAACGGGAAUCCUAUGAAUGAGAGCCGUUUCUACAAGCUAAAUGUGUUUUAUAUAAGAAACAAAUUUAUGUAAAUAGAAUGUAUAUUUGUUAAAACACACGUGCGGUUUCAGUUGGAAGUACAGUUUAUAUAUUUUGGAUGCAAUGUUUUUAAUACCUACUUGAUGUAUACAAUAAUGCCUUAUGCACAUAUUUGAGUAGGGCGCCCUCGGGUAGAAGUCAUAUAAGGUUGGCCAUUGGUCCAUCCUGUGCACCGCCGCGCGUAGUAGCUGUUCGUUUAUACUGUUUCAUCAACGUUUUACCUUUUAAGAUGGCUGCGUGAUGACGUCAUGGUCCGUCGAUAGGCAGUACCGAAGUUGACCAUGUGUUCAUGAUACCGUCCAAAUAUUUCUGCUGCAAGUGAAUUUGUUGGCAGAAGAUUUUAAUGGGCCAGUCUUGGCGACUAGUAAAUUCUUCAUGCAUAAGUUUAAUAAUUUUGUGUAAAGGAUUUGAAAUUUAAGGGCCUUUUAGUAACGGUUACAUUCGAAGUGCCUUUGGUUAUGUGCAAUAUGAAGUAAUAGCAUUUUGCUGAGAAUAAACUUUGUUACUACA